AUGUCUUGGCAAGAGAUUGCAAAAGAUAAGAAAGAUCGAAUCGACGCCAGUAUUCCUCCGGAAUGGCGUUUGAAAUCCCAGCCUACCGAGGAUAAUGUGAUGGAGUAUACUAAUAUUGGUGAUGUGAUGUCCACUGACGAGAUUUCCAUCACAAACUCAUCAGCUACUGAUCUUGUAGCCAAGAUGGCAAAGGGUGAAUUGACUUCCGUUGAAGUAACAACGGCAUUUUGUAAAAGAGCUGCUCUAGCCCAUCAACUUCUAAACUGUGCUCUCGAAUUCUUUCCUGAGAUGGCUCUUGCACGUGCUAAGGAAUUGGAUGAGCACUAUAAGAAAACGGGAAAAACAAUUGGUCCACUUCAUGGUCUACCAAUCUCUUUAAAGGAUCAAUUCAGAAUUAAGGGUCUGGAGACUUCCAUGGGAUAUGUUUCAUGGCUUGGCAAAUACGAAGAUGAUGACUCAAUCCUCGUGAAGCUUUUGCUCAAAGCCGGGGCCGUCUUUUACAUGAAAACCAGUGUGCCUCAAAGUUUGAUGUGCUGUGAAACGAUCAAUAAUAUUAUCGGGAGAACAGUGAAUCCUUAUAAUAAAAAUUGGUCGUGCGGUGGUUCAUCAGGUGGUGAAGGUGCAAACAUUGCUUUCCGAGGUGGAAUCAUUGGUGUUGGGACUGAUAUCGGUGGCUCUAUUCGUGUACCAGCGGCAUUCAAUUUCUUGUAUGGCUUACGUCCAAGUCAUGGUCGUCUCCCUUAUGGUAAGAUGGCAAAUAGUAUGGAGGGUCAGGAAACUCUGCAUAGUGUUUGUGGUCCCAUCACACAUUCAGUUGCAGAUAUGCGAUUGUUUGUGGAAUCCGUUCUAGCAGAAGAACCUUGGAAAUUUGAUGCUAAAGUUGUUCCUAUGCCAUGGAGGCAAUCGGAAGCCGAUGUUAUAAAGUCUAGAAUUUCGGAUGGUGGCUUGACGAUUGGAUACUAUGAUUUUGAUGGUAAAGUCCUACCUCAUCCUCCAAUUCUUCGUGGAAUCAAAAAAGUAGUCGAUACUCUGAAACAAAAUGGGCAUCAAGUCUUCGAAUGGAAGCCCUACAAGCAUGACCAUGCUCAAGAUCUCCUCAACAAAAUAUACAGUUCAGAUGCUGGAAAGGAUAUCCGCACCGACCUUUCCGCAUCCGGCGAGCCUCCCAUCCCCAAUAUAGCCGACAUUGCAAACACAACCGACGCCCCUCUCUCCCUCAACGAACUCUGGGAUAUCAAUCUCCAAAGAUGGGCAUACCAAUGCGAAUACCUCGAGCAAUUCCGACUCAUGGAAGAAAAACUCGGUAGGGAAAUCGAUGCGAUUGUUGCGCCUGUGGCGGCGACGGCGGCGAUUCGUCAUGAUCGGUUUGUGUAUUAUGGGUAUAUGAAUGUGAUUAAUUUGUUGGAUUUUACGACUGUGGUGGUGCCGGUGUUGUUUGCGGAUAAGGAGGUGGAUGGGAGGAAGGAGGGGUAUGAGGGGUUGAGUGAGGUGGAUCGAAUGGUGCAGGGGGAAUAUGAUCCGGAAGCAUAUCACGGAGCACCAGUUGCUGUGCAGAUUAUUGGGAGGAAAUUGACAGAAGAGAGAAUCAUUGAAAUUGCAGAGGAGAUUGGGAGAUUGUUGGGGAAUGAAAUUGUUUCUUGA